AGCACUUCUCGCCUCCCUCCUUCUCUUAUAAUUCACCUGCUGCCUCAGUUGAUGAACUCUGUGUUGUGUCGCUUGAAAAACCCUGGCAAUCUCUGGCUGUCGGAAACGAGUCAACAAUGGCUGAACAAGCUAGUCUCGUUUCCAAAUUGGUGUCCAGCGUUGCCAGUGUCCAGAACGAGCUGCAACUAGCAGUGGCUACCCUCAAUCUCGACUUUACCCUUGUGAGGCUGGAAGCGCCUAAAGAGUACAGCGGCGUCGCCACCACUCUCGCGGAAGAUAGGAAGGAGAAUGCCGAGUCUGGAAGUCUUCAUCGAACGGCACGGAAGCUCGGAGCCUUGUUCGAGGGCAUUCCUCCGUCAACCCCAGCACUCCUUCGCGCCUACGGAUCGAGAGUUUCCGAAAUCUGCGAAAAGGAGAAGAUUGAUCCCCUGGAGCGUGCCCGCCAUGGCAUAUUCUCGAGAUUUGUUGGUGUUGACUCGGCAAGCAUCUGGGCUGCCGCUACGUCGGGAAACAAUGCCAUUGCCGUCCAUCUCCUGGCUUGUAUGAUUGCUGAGAUCUUCGACGCGCCGCAGGCUGUGUCUCUCUGGAUGGAGCUUAUCGAAAGGCGCAAGGCAGAUAUUGAAAUGACCAUCGGCGACGAGACAGACCAGUCAAGGGCCAUCGCAAAAGCCUGCGCAGCAAAGCAGGAUAUUUCCAGGCCCGAAGUGGCCGCCUGGGAUAACAGUGCCAGGGCAUGGCUGCGAACGGCCAACGAGGCCAAGGCCGUCGAGAGACGAAGAGCGCUUCUCGAGACCGAGAGCGUCGGGGCAAUCGUCAGCAAUCUCCCCGAUAUGUACGAAAGCACAAUUCGCGCCUGGAAGGAUGCCAUGAGCACCAUGGAUCUUCUAAUCAGAGGCACGCCGCAGCGAGGGAGCAACGGCGCGGUGCUGCUGGCUAUGAAUUCCUGGCAUCUCUUCCCUAACCUGUGCGUCCUGAGCCGCGGCCCAAACAUCAUCACCCAAGAUGAUCAUCUCGUCGUGAAAACGGGGAUCCUGACCAUCGACUUUGAGAUGGCAGACGACGACUCCGGUGGCAUCUCCUGGUCGGUGCCACUGUCCUACCUGAGAUAUUACGGAAGGCCUAUUGUAGUGAAACAAAAGCUUAGCCUCGAAACGAGUCGUGUACCCGUGGAUCAGUUCCGAUUCGUUGUACUGGGCUGCAUCUUCUCAACAUGGCUGGACUUCAAUUCGUCAGCAGACCAUGCCAUUUCAUGGGCGUGCAUGCUUCUGGACGUGCUGCGGUCGCCUGAGCCAACUAAAAAUCGACAGCAGCUCGCCUUGAUGCGCCAAAUCGCGUCGCCUUCUUCAUGGAUCGGAUAUCUAUUGCAUGCCGCAGAAGAGCUCCAAGGUGCUGAGCCUUUGGAAAUCGAAACGCCCUUGAAACUUCUCCGACUUGGACAUCGGAAGCGACAAUUUCUAUGCGAUGUAGCCCAUCAUCCUCCGCCGUUGUUCGGACUCGCUCAGGUCAACAACCUCUUCUCCGUCUUGUCCGGCUCCGAGACUCGCAUCAAAUACCUAAGGGAGUUCUCCAAGGACGUUGGACUCGAGCGCAGCUCACACAUCAUCUGCUACAAGCAUACACAAAAGAUCCGGAACUCGACUGUCAGCGUAUGGGAGCUUGCGUCCAUCGCCACGUUUGUAGGUGACGUUGCUUCUCGAGACUCGAAAGGGCGUGUUGUUCCGAGUGCUUUGUCCGUCCCCGACAAACCAGUCCGCUGGAUAAUUGUUUCAUCAGACUCGCAGCGAUGCCAGCCCUCGAUUCAUGGUUGUCCUUGCGAGAUCCACCGACCGACGAGCUGCGCCUGCUGGAAGACUGGGGGCUGCUCGCUGUAUUGCCACGACUGGUCUAAGAAAGAACCCUGCGCAUCUCUGCAUCAGGGAGUUCUGUGGGAUAGGGUUCAAGCAAUCACCAACGCCGGCGAGCUGUGCUUUCCUGCGUGCGAGAGUUUUCUUGCCCUCCCUGGCGUCAGGCAAGUCAUGUUUAGCCCCGGCGAUGAUUUCAGAGACGGACUAGUAGCAGCCGGUGAAUUUCGAUACGGAGAUCCAGAGACAGCCUUCAUCCUCGAGCGAUAUGACUAUGUCCGAGACAAAAAUAAACCCCCUUACCCGGCUAAUACCACAAUGCCCGAGAAAAUCUUGGCCACUCUGUUCUCCUCUCGCGCUUUCGACUACACCGCCCUCGUGUCAUACCUUCAAAACCAACGUACGGAAUACCAAAACACCAUCGCAGCGUGUGCUAAUGCCACUGAGAUUUUCAAAUGCCUUCCUGGAAUGACAAUGUCGCUCUCCAUACUCGAGCGGCCGCAGCCUCUUAGUCAAGCGAGAUGGGUCAACGUCCCCAACAUCUGGCAAAAAAGCCGAAUAUUCUCCUGCUUGGCAAUGUUCGAAUCUGGGAGCUUGGACAUUGACCCUAGCAACCUCACGAAUGUCUUCGCAAUGUCAUCUAGCAACUCGAUAUUUGUUGCCAGCUCAUUCUUGUGCGACCCGUACGAAACUACAAGCGAGACGGAAAUCCAGCGAGUCCAUGGCAACAUUGGCCAGCCUGGAGUCUCGUUUCUCGUGCCUCCGCUGGAGCCUGUGGUUCAGAAGCCCGACAUCGGCAACUGGGCUGUGCUGAACUAUGCUCCGUUCCGAGGCGAAUGUGAGGACAAUUUCUCUCUGACAUCCAUCCAUCUUCGUCUGACAGAAUACGAACUCCCCUUAUCUGGCUUACAAGACAACCAUCUCAUUGACCAUCCAGCGCGUAUCCUCGAGGCUGUCGCUCAGGUCUAUGACGGUCCCAAAUGGGUCGCAGAUCUGGAUAUCCUGGGUGCUCUCAAGCGAAUUCACUGCCUCCAGUGUAGAUGCAAGACCUUGAAAGCGAAGAGCGCGUACUCGGAGGUAUUCAGGGGAAAUUCGGAUGUGGUUUCAAUUGAUAAUUGGGAUGAAUUUCUUACUGAACAAACUGAUAACCGGAUCUAUGCGGUAAGGUCCUUCGCGAAUUGGCUGGCAAGGCUUGCCACCACAUGUGUCGGCGUGCAACUCGGCUAUAAAGUCUCGGUUUUGCCUCGAGAUAUUUGUUGGCACUGCGUGAAAUCGUAUGUUACCAAUAGUCAUCAGGUAUUCAUCCUGUAA